CUUUUACAGAUACCCCCCAGCGAGGAGAUUGUAUAAAUACGAAAAGUGCUUCGCUUAAAACCUGUACCACUUUUCAAGUAAGAACUCGAAGGCGGGUAAAAGUCACCAUGGAGUUGGAGAAGAAGCCAGAAGGAUCUCACCGGCGAACGGACAUCAUCCAGAGUUGCAAAAUCGGUUCCGUUCCGCCGACUGUCUUUUACGUCUCCGAUUUCAUUUCCGCUGAAGAAGAGCAACAACUCCUCAAUAAUGUUUAUAAAGCUCCAGUCGCCAAGUGGAAAGUGUUGAAGAACAGGAGACUUCAAAAUUGGGGUGGUGUUGUGCACGAGAAAGGUCUUCUAGCUCAAGAUUUACCUCCUUGGCUAACAAGAAUCACCAGGAGGAUAUUUGAUGAGUCUGGUGGAAUGUUUCCCUCACCGAUUAAUCAUGUACUCAUUAAUGAGUAUCUUGCUGACCAGGGAAUAAUGCCACAUCAGGAUGGACCUGCUUACAGUCCAGUUGUGGCCAUUUUGUCUCUGGGUUCACCGGUCGUUAUGGAUUUCACUCCUCAUCUUAGCUUGCAAGUGGCGGAGGCAGGAACAGUGCAAAACAGGGAUACUGAGAAUGAGCAUCAACCAUUUUCUGUUCUACUGAUGCCCCGAAGUUUACUUAUUUUUAAAGAUGAGGUGUAUUCAGACUACUUGCAUGGGAUAAAAGAUGAUGAGCAUCAGCAGGUUGAUCAGGUUAUCAACCGAGAUGAAAUAACAAAAAUUCCAGAACAAAUCCAAUCUGUAGCACCGGUCUCAGGGGUAGAAAUAGGUGGCAAGAGAACUGAAGGUGGCAAAGUAAUUCAUAGGACUACCACCAGAGUUUCUAUGACUUGUCGAACAGUGACAAAAGUCCAUAAAAGUUGGCUCAAAGUUUAGAGUAUCUGCCAUCCCUUCCUAAGAGUGCUGUCGCGAAACAGAUGCAAAUGAUGAUAAUUCCUUCUAUCUAAUAUAGUCAUCCGUAACUGAGGUACAAGAUUUCAUUAGCUAUGUAAGUAGGAGGCAAAGGAAAUUUUUUGACUAGACCACCGCACAAUGGCAGGUUGACAUGAAUAUUGUAGGAACCUAUGAUUCUGAUAAAAGUUGUGAAUUACAGGUUGACAAAAAUGAAGAUGGAGACUCUUUCGAUGCUGAGGAUUCCUUUGAUAUUGCAAAUGCUUUUGUUAAGUUUCUGCUUUUAGACUUAGCUAGUAUGAGGCUGCUGAUUCUGUGGCGAUAAUUGUUAAAGAUUAAACCUCUGAUUUGGACUAUUUUUGGAAGAGGUGAGAUUGAAAAGGUAAUUCUUCUGAUGUUGAUAGGUUGGUGCCUGAAUAAUUUGAUUCAGGUGGAUGUGAAUACUAUUUCUUUGUUUAUGAGUAUUGGAACAGCACAAGGACAGAUAAUCUAUUCAAGCGUAUGCUUGGUUUUCGAAAUUGUGGACUUCGUUUGAAUUAUGAUACAAAGGAAUUCUUGGUUGAUAUUAG